AGAAACACAUGUGCGAAGUAGUAAGAAGUUUCACAGAUUUUUUGUGACAACAGUGACUAUCAUACAUACCUGAGGAAGAAAUUCUACUUUGAAAUGAUUCUGCCGGAGGCCACUGAAGGCCAGACGACAGAACUUCUGGGGAAGAUAACUGCUCCAACAGUCUUCCAGAUAGAACCAGUUGGUCGAUGGUAUGAGGCACUCUGUGCAAGGCGACGUCACAAACACUCUCUGUCUCAUCACUCCCUAGAGAGCUCAAGCUCCGACGAGAGUGAUGAUGAUGAGGGCAUGGAUGAUGAUGGAGAUGAUGCUCUUCUGUUGGGCUUAGACCCAAGGGAGUGGAAGAGUCAAGACCAUUAUGCAGUUUUAGGUUUGAAAAAGUUAAGAUACAAAGCUACAGAAAACCAGAUUAAAAAAGCAUAUAAAAACAAAGUGUUAAAACAUCACCCAGACAAACGACGUGCACGGGGAGUAGUGGUGAAAGGUGAAGGCGAUGACGACUACUUUACAUGUAUAACACGAGCCUAUGAAGUAUUAGGCUCUCGGACGAAGAGACGAUCCUAUGACAGUGUAGAUCCAGAAUUUGAUGAUAGUAUACCCAGCAAUAAUCAACAGACAAAAGACUCCUUCUUUACUUCAUUUGGACCAGUUUUUGAAAGAAAUGCAAGAUGGAAUAAUAGUAAAAAGAAGAAAGUUCCAAUGUUAGGAGAUGAUAAUGAUUCAAUAGACACUGUCAACCAUUUCUAUUCCUUUUGGUAUGAUUUUGAUUCCUGGCGAGAAUAUUCAUAUCUAGAUGAAGAGGAAAAAGAAAAGGGAGAGAAUCGUGAAGAAAGACGAUGGAUAGAAAAACAAAAUAAAGCAGCAAGACUAAAGAAAAAAAAGGAAGAGAGUGCACGAAUACGCCUUUUAGUAGAUAAUGCCUAUGCCUGUGAUCCAAGAAUACAAAAAUUUAGAGAUGAAGAAAAAGAGAAAAAAUUAGCACAGAAACGUGCUAAACAGGAGGCUGCUCGACAGAGAGCAGAAGAGGAAGAAAGGAAAAAGCAGGAAGCACUGGAGGAAGAAAGGAAAAAAAGGGAAAAAGAAGAGGAAGAGGCAAAAGCCCAGGCUGCAGCAGCGAAAAAAGAAAAGGAGGCACAGAAAAAAAUCUUGAAAAAGGAAAGGAAAGCCUUGCGUACCUCUGUAAAAGACAUGGACUAUUUUGCUACAUCAGAACAGGAAAGAGUAUCCAACAUGGCCGAUGUUGAUCGACUAGCAGAUCUCUUGUCUUUGACCAAGUUACAAGGUCUUAAUGAAGAUUUGAGUUCUGGGGACAAGGACAAGGCCAAGACAGCAUUUUAUCUACAAGUAGAUGAACUUAACAAGAAGUUGGAGGAGGAGAAGAGAGCACAGUUGGAGGCUGUUCAUCGCCAGGCAUCUGGUGAAAACUCCCAUAGCCGAGUAAAGGAAUGGAAGGAAGAGGAAGUCCAGUUCCUCAUCAAAGCAGUCAAUCUAUUCCCAGCAGGAACCAAAGACAGGUGGGAAGUCAUUGCAAGUUUUAUUAAACAACAUGUGACAGCAAGUAAUAAAAAUGCAAGAGAUGUGUUGGGAAAAGCUAAAGAUCUACAGAAAAAUGACACCUUUCUCAAACAAGAUGCUGACAGGAAAGCCUUUGAAAAGUUUGAGGCGCAGACAGCUAAACCUACAGCUCAUACAGCCAAGCCAAAGGAGGGUGUUACAAGUGAAAGAUUUGAAUCUGUAGGAGAACAACAGAUUCGUGAGACUGGCACUAACCCUGCUCCCUGGACUGCUGAGGAGCAGAAACUCCUGGAGCAGUCUCUUAAAACGUUCCCUGCCAACACGCCUGAGAGGUGGGAAAAGAUAGCCGCAGUGCUCCCUGCACGCAGCAAGAAAGAUUGUAUGAAGAGAUACAAGGAACUUGUUGAACUGAUCAGAGCCAAGAAAGCUGCUACAGAAGCUGCUGCUAAGAAGAAAUGAUCUUGACUUGAUCUAGUUUCUUUUGAUCCACCAUUCCCUGUUAGCUGAGAAGAGCAGGUGUCGGUGCCAUAGAGUAUCAUAGUACCUUGUCAUAUCAUAUCAUGGCCUUCUGAAAACAUUUGUAUCAAAUUUCUACAGCUGAUGUCAAGUCAUUGUUUCAUGUGUUGUGUACUAUGCAUAUGUUUCGAUGGAUGGAUGGACACAUCAAAAGAAUGGAUUAAUUCUCUCUGUGAGAGAAAGGUUUACAGUUGUAGGCUUAAGGUGAGGAGAUAGACUAACUUAUCAUCUUUUCACAAAUGCCAUGGUUAAGUUAUACUUUACGACAGCAACUUUUCAGGUUCCUGUUUGUUAACAGUACCAAAUGAGAUCUGUCAGAGAUGUAGUACCAUAACAACUGUGUAUACAAGUGACAGCAGAAUACAAGGAAUUUAUAAAAUAAAAUUAUCAUGAUUUUAAUUUUCAUUUCUUAUUCAUAUUAACAGAACAUUAAUAGACAUUGUUUUAUCAUACUUAGUUUCGUUAACAUUUUCACUGUCUAUGUUGGGUGAUCCUUCAAUAUUACCAGACUUUACCAUAUAAGGUCUCCGGUUAAUAGAACAACAGUUGUCAACUAGAAUUAUUGGUCCUGGUGCCAUUUUAGACAAAUUUCACAUGGUAUGUUGUGAGUCACAAUCAUUGGUUGUAUGUGUAACAUUAACCCAUCCCACCCAGUCUUCUCAAAAAUGUCCGAGCUAGAAUUUGUAACUGAAAGUCACUGUAUUUAAACUCAUUUCUGAAGUAAUUUUGUUUGCUAAACCAAAAAUGAUUCAGUAACGGUAAAUAUUUGUGCUGAAUUUACACAUACAUUGUAAAACUCAUCAAAAUUGCAUGGUAGGAUGAUGCAUUAUAAAAAAGUAAUUGUGAUUUAUGCAACAGCUAUCACAUGUUAUGUCAAUCAUGUUUGGAUAUUUUCUAUGCCAAAGUGCUGAGAGUUUUCCAAAAUAAAAGUAUUGGAAAGAC